AUGAGCACUACAUCGUCGGCUGCAUCAAACGCGGAAGAUGGUGAUUUGAAGCUUCCGCUCGACGCUUCGUCUUACAAUGGUCUAAAAUCAACGGCGACACCGAUCGUUGAGGCGAAUGCUAAAAAUGGCACCACCAAUUCGUCUGGAUGGGUGCGUUUAAACGUGGGCGGAAAGGUUUUCCAAACUACACGUUCGACUUUGAUGCGUGAGCCAGGGUCUUUCUUGCAUAGACUCUGCCAGGACGAGGUUGAUCUCCCAAGCGACCGGGAUGAGUCCGGCGCUUAUCUCAUCGAUCGAGAUGCAGAGUUCUUCUCGCCGAUUCUCAACUAUUUGCGUCAUGGCAAAUUGAUUCUCAAUCCGGGAAUGUCGGAAGAAGGCAUUCUUGCGGAGGCCGACUUCUACAAUCUUCCCAUUCUCAGCCAAAUGCUUUUGGAGAGAAUUCACGAGCGCGAACAUUCGGCUAAAUCGCCGCUCAAAUUUGUCUACCGAGUACUUCAGUGUCAUGAAGAAGAAUUGGCAUCCGUGGUUUCGGCGAUGAGCGACGGAUGGAAGAUCGUACAAGUCAUUCCGAUUCACUCGAGCUAUUCAGCAUACUCGACCGAACAACAACAAGAAUACUUGUGUAUUGUCGAACGCGAGUGCAUCGACAAAGACGGCCAGAUUCCAGAAGGCCAAGACCGCGCGAAACUUCUUCAACAGCGCGCAAGACGUAAUAAGCAUCCCAGCUUUUGA